AAAGGACUUGAGAGAAUUAGUGUAUUUUGUAGUAACUAGUGUCUAGUACUCUAGUAGCUCUAACUUAUCUAAGUGUACUUUAAAAAAUAUAAAUUAAUAACAAGAUUAUUAUUUUUUAAAAAUAAAUUCUGAAUAAGCGCAUACAUUGAAUACUCUAUAAAACAAUGUCGUCAAAUGAAUCGCCUAUAACCAAAGUGGUGGUUCACCCAUUGGUAUUGCUGAGUGUUGUUGAUCAUUUUACCCGGCUCGGAAAGAUCGGCAAUCAAAAGCGAGUAGUAGGUGUAUUACUUGGUUCUUGGCAGCAAAACAAAGUGCUCGAUAUUUCUAAUAGUUUUGCACUUCCAUUUGAUGAAGAUGAUAAAGACAAGUCUGUGUGGUUCCUCGAUCAUGACUAUCUUGAAAAUAUGUAUGGUAUGUUCAAAAAAGUAAAUGCCCGAGAAAAAGUCGUUGGUUGGUAUCAUACUGGUCCUAAACUCCACCAAAAUGACAUCGCUGUGAACGAAUUAGUACGCCAGUACUGUGUAAAUAAUACAUCUGUCAUGGUGAUUGUUGAUGUUAAACCCAAGGAUGUUGGUAUACCUACUGAAGCCUACCGUGUUGUGGAGCAAAUUCAUGAUGAUGGAUCACCGCCAUCAAAGACGUUGGAACACAUUGCUAGUGAAAUUGGAGCAGAAGAAGCUGAAGAGGUUGGUGUUGAACAUUUACUUAGAGAUAUUAAAGACUCCACUAGUGGUUCCUUAAGCCAACGUGUAGCCAACAUAAUAUUUGGUGCUAGAGGUCUUUAUAAACAAAUGGUCGAUAUUAGAGAUUAUUUACAACAAGUUGUUGAUGGAAAAUUACCCGUUAAUCACCAAAUUAUUUAUCAACUGCAAGAAAUAUUUAAUCUGUUGCCAGAUGUAGAAAAGGAUACUUUGGUUGCCGCAAUGCAUGUUAAAGUAAACGAUCACAUGCUUGCUGUAUAUUUAGCAACCACUAUUAGGACCAUUAUCGCAUUGCACAAUUUAAUCAACAAUAAGAUUGCUAACAGUGAUGAUGAAAAGAAACAAUUAAGGGAACCAGAAGAGAAAAAAGAAGAAGUUGCAAAGAAGAAAGAAAUCAAAGCAAAAUAGGUGGAUAAUAUGAUUCAAUUAUUUAACAUAAUUGUAAAUAAAUAAUCUUUAUAAUUUUUUUUUUUGUUUGUUUUCUAGUAUUGCAAACACAUCAUAUAACCCUUAUAUUUUUAUUUUAUUAAAAUUAUCUUGUUUUCGACAGUUUUUGAGUGUUGGUAUAUUUUUCAUUACUAAUUUAUUUAAAUCUCGUAUUUUAUUUCUACUGAAAUUACCUUAUAACUAAAAGAUAAAUAAAUAUAUCUAUUUCUUCUACAAUAA